GCUGCAUGCGGGCAGAGGGAGGAGGGCCGGGCGGGCACUGCAGCAGGGCACAGGAUGUUAUUUAACGUGGCUCCAGUCUCCUCCCCCUCGCCGGUGAGGCUGGGGGAAGGGGGGAGCGGGCUGGAGGGAAGGGACGAGCUGCGGGGGUGAUGCCGAGAGCCCCCCGAGCCCGGCCCGGCCCGGCCCGGCCGGUGCCGCCCGCGGCUGCCUCCGCUGGAAUCCUCCCCUGAAAACCUCCCCUGAGCUCCUGAGGGGCGGCUGGAGCUCCUGAGGGGCAGCUGGAGCUCCUGAGGGGCAGCCCGGCUUCCUGAGGGUAUACUCGGCUUCCUGAGGGUAUACUCGGCUUCCUGAGGGGAUACUCGGCUUCCUGAGGGGCAGCUGGAGCUCCUGAGGGGCGGCCCGGGCUCCGAGCCCUGCGGAGGAGGAUCCCCGGUGCCCUCACAGCGGCAGGGCGGGAAGGGCAGAGCCUCUGCAUCCCCACAGGAGAAUUCCCGUGCUCCGGAGAUGAGUCCGAGCUCAUGGACAAGGUAGGGCUGGGCUUGGACAUCCCAGGCUCUUCUGGGAGAAGGAAGAGCCUCAGCACUUUGCUGUGACCAUGGCGGGUGCCCCAGAAAGGGCCGAUCCUCAGUGCCCGGCCCUAAUUUGUGCCUGAAGCCGCCAGACCUGCCCUGGACGUGGCAGAACCUCCCGGGAGAGGCACAGACCUUUGGAUUUCUCCAUGAAAAUACUGCUGGCACUCAGCUGAAAACGUGUGCUGAUCUUCUCCCUUGAAAGGGGCAGCACCAUUCCUCCCUGGGUGUCUCCUCCCGCCCUGAGGAUCCGUGGGGGACAGCAGGGCUGGGAGCUCCGGCUCUGCUCCAUGACCAACACUCAGCUCUGCAGGGAAGCCAUGGACUCCCCCCCGGCCUCCUCCAGCCCUGCUGCAGGGCCUGUCACCUUCUCCCAAGUUUUUGGGCAGCAGUGCCAGCUCAUGGAAGCAGCUGUUGAAUCGCUGCAUUCCCUGAAUGACCAGAUCUCCCAUUUCAUUGUCAGCAAGUCAAAAACCCUGGAUGAGGAUGAAGAUGCCUUUUUGCCCAGUGAGAAGGAAUCUCUGAAAAGUGCCAUGAGGCUGAUGAGGCACCUCCUGAUGGAUGCACAGGCAAAGGAGGCCUGA